AUGUCACGCUAUGGAGGUGGACGCCCACCGGGCGACGACCUAGCCUAUGGUGAGCUCCCUCAACGCUGGGACCGCUCUCGUUUCGAGCGUUUCGGCGGAGGACCUCCACCUCGCCAGUUCGAAGAAGACUACCGCUUCCACGAACGAGACACCCCACGUCAGCGAGAUGUCCAGGUGCAAGACCGCAUUGACGAGCGAGGCCCUCGCGGCCGAUACGAGGAGCGUGAUCGCUACGCCGAAGAAGACCGUUUCACUCCUGCUGGACGUCGCAGGCGGACUGAUAGGGAGCUGUUCGGAGAUGUCGACCCGCGAGAGCUCGCAAACAUGGCUGUGACACCCUACCGCGGUGGUGGAGAUGGGGGAAGAGGCACAAGAGACGAGAUUGACAUCGAUAUCGACAUCAACCGGGGCGCACCACCACGCCCAGGUCUCAUGCGGCGUCAAAGCAGCUUGGACACCUUUGACCGCCGCCCGAUCCCGCGCUACGAGCGCGAGGAAUACCGCAUUCCAGCGUACCAGCCCGUACCAUUGCCCAUCCGAAGAGAAGAAGGAUACGACGACUUUCAAAGGGGCGGAUACAACGAGCCCGAGGAAUACCGUGAAGUUGAGAUUCGCCGUGAGCGUUCUGUGCAUCGCAGAGGUGGCGGUCCGAAAAGCUCCAAGAGCUCAAAAGCGAAGUCAGUCACCACGAGACGUAGCUCUUCAAGCAGCAGCAGCAGCGACACUACAAUCCAGGACACGAGGAGCAGGCGCACACGCAGCCGACGCGCUCCUAGCAUUCACGAGAGCUUUCACGAAGACAUUCAUGGGCCAGGCGGGUUGAGCAUUCAUGAGAGCUUCCAUGAGAGCGUGCAUGGUGGCAGUGUCAGCGACAGCAUUACCCAAAUCGAGAAGAAGUUCAAGAAGGGCAAAACCCGCAUGCCAAAGCGUCUCGUAAGGCGUGAGGCGAUUAUGGAUUUGGGCUACCCAUUCGAUGAAGAGGUCGACUUCUUCGUGUUGCGCAUCGCUCUGGAGAAGGAACAGAUUGACGAAGUGAUGAAGAUUAGCGAAAGCUACAAAAACGAAGACAAGAAAGUCGUCUACAAGUACGAAGACAAAGUUGACGAAGCGCCAGCUUUACUUGCGCCACCAAACGAGCACGAAGAAGUCAUUCGUACGGAGUGGAUCAACCCUCCAAGUGUUGCGGGCGUCCGGCGAUCUGCGUCACGAUCUGAGUACCGCGGGCGUCGAGACUCUUCCCCAAGUGGGGCGAGCACCACAACUCGACGCCUCUCACCCGCUCGCACGGCACGCUCCCAUCGUACGUCACACAGCCGCCAUCACUCUCAGCCGCCGCCGCCGCAAUUCUACGAAGAACACAAGACGGUCAUUGAAGAGCGUGCUCCCUCCAACGCCGUACCGCCGCCACCGCCUCCAAUGGCACCCCCAGCGCCAGCAUAUUACGAAGAGCGCAAGACUGUCGUCGAGGAGCGCGGCCAGCCGGCUUCCCAUUACCAUGACCCACACUACCACCACCACCACUCCCACAAUUCCAAUAGCGGCGCCUUGAUCGUCCAGGAGCGUGAGUCUCGCUCUGACCGCGACAUCCAAGCGGAGAUCGGAAGACUGGAAGCCGAACGCCGUGCUCUGCGCCUCGAGCGCGAGGCAGACGAGCGACGAAACAUGGCCGUCCGCAUCCGCGAGCGUCCCACUGAUGAGUACCAGCUGGUCGAGUACGAGCCGCACAAAGCGAGGGAAGUGCUGGAUGUGUAUGAGCGGGAGAAGAGCCCUCCGCGCAAUGUGGUGCGGGUGGAGAAGGAUCGGAAAGAGAAAGCAAGAGAAGCAAGGGCGAAGAAGGUCGCACUGGCCAUGGCGACUCUGACUUGA